AUGAAGAUCGCUAUUAAGACCGCUAUUAAGACCAAUAUUAGGACCACUAUCAAGACCAAUAUUAAGACUAAUAUUCAGACCACUAUUAAGGCUAAUAUUAAGACCGCUAUUGAGACCAAAGCCUGUGAAUUCACACUGGACCCAAACACAACACACAGAGACCUCCUUCUGUCUGAGGACAACAGAAAGGUGACAUGGUGGAGAGAGGAGCAGUCGUAUCCUGAUCAUCCAGACAUAUUUGACUCCUGGAGACAGGUUCUAUGUAGAGAGAGUCUGACUGACCGCUGUUACAUGGAGGUACAGUGGAGUGGAAAGGAUGUUCGUAUAGGAGUGACUUACAGAGGAAUCAGAAGGAGAGGAGGAGGUGAUGACUGUCUGCUUGGAUAUAAUAAAAAGUCCUGGAAUCUGUCCUGCCGUAGUGAUAGAUACAAUGUCUGUCAUAAUAAUAGAGUAACAGAGAUACGUAUCUCCCCCUCCUCCUCUGACAGAGUAGGAGUGUAUCUGGACUGGUCUGCUGGAACUCUGUCCUUCUACAGAGUCUGCUCUGACACACUGACACACCUCCACACCUUCACCUCCACUUUCACUGAACCUCUCCAUGUUGUGUUUAGGUUGUGGUCACGUGACUCAUCAGUGUGUGCGUGUGUUAGAUAGAGGAGGUAGAGACGCCUCCUGUGUCCUGGAGGAACACUCACACUCCUGCCCAA